AUAAGUUGUUGUUAGAGGUCAGACUGUAGAGCUCAGGAUCAGAUCAGGAGCAUCCGUGGACAGGAGAGUAUUGUGUGCAUUCUCGACUGGACCUAAGAUCGACAACCAGCGAAUCAACAAGCAGCAGAUGUGAGAUGCAUACACUGUGGCUGCCGCUUCUCCUGAGCUCAGUCAUUUGGGCAGAGGAGCAGUACUUUCCUCAGUCAUACAAUGCAACAUGGGAUGAGGGCAGACUUCACUGUCAAUCCUGUUUCAAAGAACUGACGACCAUCACCAGCAGAAACGUCCACCUCAUUGUCCAGGACCCCUCUUUUGACUGCUGGGUUGGACUACGCAAGAGUUACAAUGGCUCCUUCCCAUGGGCCGCAUGGUCCAAUGGGGAUCCUGUUAGAUAUCAGAAUUGGUACCCUGGUCAUCCUGUUCCAAAUAAAGAAAAGAAACUAAUUCCUAUAUGUUCUUCAACUCCACAAAGUCCACUGAGCACCCUAAUAACUACCCAAAAAUCUACCCCAAUGACCUCAACACAAACCUCCACAAUCACUUCUGCUUCGUUAUCUUCGGUAUCUGCUUCGGUAUUUCAAACAAACAAAGAAAACGAUACAUGCCCCAUACUUUACAAAUUGCUUUUUUGCUUAAAUAUGUCAUGUGAUGAUCUUGAAAGUUCCAUGACUAUAUGCAAUAGAACACCAACUGCUACCCCUGAGACUACAACAUACAGCACCACCCCUGAAGUCACAACAUUAAGCACCACCUUUAAUGCUGCAACAAAUGGCACCACAACCGAGAGCAGCACCACCAGCAACUGCGUCUUUGAACCAGAGCCAGAUGCUGAAGAAUACAUUGAGGAUGCUUGUGUGGUCCUGCUCAGCUUUGGGAUGUGGAAGGAAGAAGACUGUAACAGAAAACUACCUUUCAUCUGUUAUGAAGAGCGCUUUUUUGGCCAGAUAAACAUUUCCAGCGUGACCACAAGCACAGGCAAUGUGAGCUGGUCUGAGGGACCCGGUGCUAAGAACAUCAGUCACUACAGAGUGGAGGUCACUGGGGACAAAAACCAGACAUUUAACCAGAAAAAUCUCUUUCAAUACAUAGAGACUCUGACAGCAGGAACUCUGUACAAAGUUCAGGUGUUUCCUGUGAAAUGUGACAGGGAUCUCAAUCCGCAGAAUAUCUCCUUCUACACUUUGCCCUCUGAUGUGCAAAAUCUGAUUGUGGUGAGUGUGACAGAUGUUAGCGCCAACCUCAACUGGAGUAAACCAGAUGGAAACCAUGACUUCUACUCAGUAGCAUUCAUAAAUGCAUCGAAAGGUGAAGAACACAAGUGUGAUAAUGAAGAGUGCACUAUUACGGAUCUUAUUCCAGGAACCGAGUAUGAAUUUACAGUUAAAGCUGUAGUGAAUAAGACGAUUGAAGGUGUGCCGAGCAAGGUUUCUGAUUACACCAAGCCUUCAACUGUCAGGAAGCUAAGAUCAGCAGACAAUGACAGUACAGUCAUAAUGGCCUUUUGGGAUCCUCCUACUGGCAGUCAUUCAGGUUACCGCUAUUGUCUUAAAGAAGUCAAUAACAGCCUCGAGUGUACUUACUGCAACAUCACAUCAGACAUCAGCAAUACAGCAAACAACAACAUCACAAACAGCAGUGAUACAACAACUGUCAGUAUUACAGACUGCAAAACAGUGGAUGGAACAGAAACAUCUAUCAAAGAGAGUAAUAAAUCAGACGGCAGCAUGUUUUGUCUGUGUGUGGCAGCACUAACAAAGAGCAACAAUCUGUCAGGAGAAAUGGUCACAAUCUUAGCAUACACACGCCCAAAAUCUGUGGACCUCACUUUAAUACCUUCCCUUAAAGAUAUGAAAGCCACCUGGGAAAUAGAUGGGAAUUAUGAAAAAUUUGAAGUAACAAUUACAAGUGCUGAUGCAAAGGAUAUUCAUUCAUAUAAUACUACAGACAAGUUUUACACUUUCAGGAAUCUGAAGGCAGGAGUGUUUUACACUGUUUCAGUUGUCACUCUUAAUGGUGACCUUAGAAGUGCUGCUGUUAAUAAAUCAGAUUACACCCGGCCUGCUAAACCUACCUGGGUAAAGGCCUCCGCUAACAAAAAUAACAUACAGCUAAGCUGGGGAGCUCCAUCUGAGUCUGGUGGUGCCUUGAUUCAAUAUAUAGUGAAAUAUAACACUUCAUUCUGGGAUGAAACUAAUGAAACGGCUACAACUGAGACAAAUAUCACCAUUUCUAAUUUAAGACCAGGAACAAAAUAUAUGUUUAAUGUCAUGGUCUUGGCUGGAAAUCUGAGUGAUCCAGCCACUACUACUACAAACACAGAGCCUGAGAAGAGGACACUGGUCCUCACGAUGUUGUGUUCCUCUCAAACCACACUUCAUUGUGACGAAACUAUAACUCGGAAUGAACUGUUUGAAAAGCUGAAAACAUUUUUUUAUGACGAGUUUGAAGACUUGGUCCACUGGGAGCUUAAAGCAAAGACCAGCAAAGACAUCCUUUGAAUCUCUGACGAGGCCUUCAAUCAAGAAAAAAAUCACAUACUGAAAUUUUGUGUGAUUUCAUGCCUGGUGAAUUCAGGAAUUUAUUUUCUUCCAUUUCCAUUAAUGCAUCUUACAAAAGAGGAACAAAAGCAAUUUGUCAAAGAGCCAACAAUACAUGUUAUAUACAAUUUUAUUAGCUUAGAUUUGGAAACAAGUGAGAGAAGAGGAAACAUUUAGAGAAGAAAUAGAAGUUUAUGGUAAACCCUUGAUUACGGGAACCAAAUGUCCUCACAGGGAUAGCAAAACCUGAUAUUUUUGACCUUGUGGGGACAUUUUUUGGACCCCAUUAGAAACACUUAUAAGUCAUCCUAAAGUUUUUUGUUGUUGUUGUUUUUCUGUGUGAGUUAUGGGCUGAGGGUAUAGAAUAUACAGUUAAUUUACAGUAUAAAAACCAUUAUGUUUUUGGAAAGUGCAUUGGUUUAAGAGAUUGUUAAGUGCUUGUUUUUAGCUUCUUGGAGGGUUUUAUUUUGAUUCUCACUCAUUUUUAAAUCUCUAUGGUAUUUUUUUAUUCUUACAAAUUGUGUUUUGACAUUUACUGUAAAUUGAGUGGUGUGAUGAUAUUUGCUAUAGUUGUGGGAGCUAUAAUUUAUCUACAAAACUGUAACAUGAAUAACUUUUUCUUAAAAACAUUUGUUAUAGCUUCAUGUGAAUUCCAGUUUUAAUUUUCAUGAUGAAUUACUGCAGUUUAUUUUGAGGAUUGGUUUCAUUAUAAAUAAAGAUAUUACACAUGGGUUUGUUUGCUUUAUUUCACUACUUUACUGUGAUGUUCAUUUAUACA